AUGCUGCGGAACAUGGUGAAGCUCAGUUUAGCAACCAUACCGUCAUGUCUUCUGAAAGAGAUGCCGAGUUUGGAAAAUCGAGUCAGCGUGUUGAAUUCCUCGAUGGUUCUAACCUGCCACUGGCUCAAGCGGGACAUCGUGCUGGGCAACCUCGAGUAUCAUUCGCGCGACAUGCACACUUGGAACCUCAAUGAUCAGGACUAG